CCUAAGACACCGUGGGUUCAAACCAUCCUGUAUCAAGGAGGAUUCUCUGUAGGAGUUCUUGCAUUAACAGCAAAAAGAAACGAGCUUGUAAGCUGCCGAGGGUUUAUAUGAGGAGGCAUAUGGAAUCAAAUCUACUUAAACAUUUGUAAGGAGCAUAGUUUUGGCGCAGAGGUGUACAGUUGUACAGCACAAUCAACCAGUGAUGCAAAUGAUACUCGUAGCCUAGAGUAAUGCAUUAUUAUCCCAGUAGAUGGUGUGGGUUUGAUAACAUUUGUUAGAAAGUGAAUAUGAUGAAACUUUGGUCCAGGAAACUUCAGUCACGGGUAUCAUAAUUCACUCUGUUUCUGAUAUUUGCCAAAUUUUGAGGAUGCUUUGCUGUAUGGUAAAGGUAAAGGUAAAGGGACCCCUGACCAUUAGGUCCAGUCGUGACCGACUCUGGGGUUGCAGUGCUCAUCUCACUUUACUGGCCGAGGGAGCUUCCGGGUCAUGUGGCCAGCAAGACUAAGCUGCUUCUGGUUUACCUUCCCACCAGAGUGGUACCUAUUUAUCUACUUGCAGUUUGAUGUGCUUUCAAACUGCUAGGUUGGCAGGAGCAGGGACCGAGCAACGGGAGCUCACCCUGUUGUGGGGAUUCGAACUGCUGACCUUCUGAUCGACAAGUCCUAGGCUCUGUGGUUUAACCCACAGCGCCACCCGCAUCCCUAUAUGCUAUAUGCUACUUGUCACCAAAUAACACUCUCCCCCAAAUUCCCAGAGCAGUUUGCACUUUUAGGAAAAGUGUCAAUUAAGGAAAAAAAGGCAAACAAAGUUAAUGAGCAGUUAGAGGAGAAAUGGAUAAAUCUGCACUUUAAGAAAUAGCAUAAAAGAUUAGCACCUACCUGAAGCAUUGGCAAAGGGGUACAUUGAAAGCUGCAUUAGCAAUCAUUUUUUAUUUGGUACAUACAUCCACAAUUCCAGUUGUGAAGCAGGGGAAAAGCCAGGAUCUCCUGCACCAGAUGGUUUUAUUGUGUGUUCCCUUGUUAUGUCUUCAUUCUGUGACCUUUUUCCUGCCCUUUCAUCAGUGAUGACGGCUUUUAAUUAAAUAGUUCCAUCAGUGCACAAACAAAAGACAUUUCCUGUCCUCGAGAAGCUUGCAAUUUUAAUCUAGACAAAGGGAGAUACCAUGCGCUUUUUCCAGUGGCUGACAUUUUGCCAUUGUAACUCUUUUCAUGUUGGAUUGUGAAGGGUGUGGCAUUUUAAAUGGAUCUUCACAGAUAUGUGUGGAAUAUAUAUACAUAUCCCCUUUUAUGCUUACAUUUGGAUUUUCUGACUGUCCUGUGCAAAGAUGAGGACUGUUCUCAUAGCUUCUUGAAUGGUUCAGACUUACAAAUCACGAUGAUAACCAAAUUAAAUUGCUAAUCGCUGACUUGAUUGAGAAGACGUUUAACCAGGGGACUCCACAGCUGUCUCUCCAGGAUGUCUUCACUCAUUGCCUGUCAACUUUUUUUUUUUUUUUUUUUUGCUGGAAACAGGCUUGUCUACAGUUGAGCAUUAUUUAGCUGUUAAUCCAUUCCACCCCUCUUCUGAAUUGGACCAGAGCAGUCCACACCCACAUUUAUGUGAAUUUGUAUUUGAGGAGCAACUUUGGUUUUGCCCAGUCAUAAGAGCAGGCAUUCUCUUUUGUGUUUGUCCCUGACUUCUAAUUUGUUGAUUAUAUUAUGACAAUUAAGUACAGACAGGACAUAAAUGCAGAGAGCAGCUUUUAGGAAAUGUGCAGAAGCACACAGUCAGGCAAUUGUAAAUUCUCAGCACACAAUUUUCUUUAACUUGGCUAGCUGGUGCAGCUUUUUUGGUUUGGUUCAAAUCUGAGGGAUCAGCACGCAUGCACACGGGAUGUUAGGGGAGGGAUAGUACCUCUGGUGGGGGACAUGUCAAGCUUCUUCUGGGGUAGUUUGUCCACCUUUAGUCCCCACUCUGUACUCAGCAGCACUCACAUGGCUCCUAGAAGCUGUCAGCAUACGACAGUGGGCAAACCCAAGGAACGGUUUUGACUGGUCAGCUAAAUCAGGUGAGGGGAGCUGAUGGGUUUCAAACCCCUCAGUGAGUUAGGGACUUCCCCUACAUGUGAAGACAAGCGCUGGCAGAUUGAGCUGGUGAGACGAAUAUUGAGUCCAAUGGCCAAGAAGGUGGUUUCUAACACAACAGUUUGACUUCACCCCUGAAGGUGCACUCCAUUGUUUCUCAAGACAGAUUGCCAACAACCACAGCAUUUAUCUAUCUAUGCUCCUCCAGUUAGAGCUGGAAAAGAAAUGAAAGCAUCUGUAAAUUCUCAACACACACUUUUCAGAUUAACAUUCCUCUGCAAUAUCUGACACAGAAAUUUUUAAUGUUUGCUUGUACAGUUGCAAAGUUCAGAAAAAGUUCAAAAAUUGAAAAUUAAGUAAGUUUGCCUUUAAAUGCGAGUUACUUCUAAUUUCACCCCAUCCCUAUCUGCAUCAGAAGGAUGUAGAGCUGACGUUUUAUUUGACAUUUGUGUCCUUACAACAAUCCUGUAAGGUAGAUCGCUAUUAUUCUCUUCCCCAUAUUGCAGAUUGUGGGUGAUGCUGAAGAUAAUUUGUCGAAGGCCACUUACAGAAUUUGAGGCUGAGCAAUCAGAUUUUAACCAAGGGCUUUCUGGAGCAUGACUCCACUUCUUAAUUGCUACAGUUUCAGAAUCAUGGUGCUAAAGCAACAGUUGGGGAUCUAGGCUUAUAAAGUUCCCCAAAAUAAACCCACUGCUAGUAACUAUAUCUUGAAACACCUCUGUUGUAGAGCUGAAUACAUAUUGCCACAGAAGCUACAAACAGGAAUUUCCUGCCUGAUGGCUGUGUUAAUUUGAUUGAUAUCACACAAGGUGAUGCACAGACUCAUACCUAUGGCAGGAGCAUUGCUGACUGACACUCACAUGCACCUCUUCCCACCCUGUGUGAUGCCAUGCUAUCUCUCUCCAACCCUCAAAGCUCCUCCUCAUUUGCUUUGCAUGAACCACCCAUAGCUAUAUAUAUAGAACCAUGCUGCGAUGAAAGACAGCUUCAGUUGGUUGAUUCUCUUCCCUGUGCCUCCUUGAAACUUCACCUUCAUCACCAUCUCUGCCACUGGGACCAUGAAAACCUGGGCAUGUCUUCUCCUGGCAGGAGCUUUCUGCAGCCUGGCAUCUGGAUGUAAGUAGUAGUAGUAGUAGUAGUAGCAGCAGCAGUAGUAGUAGUUUUUUUUUAAAUUGGGUGUUUAGAUUAUCUGUACCCAGAGAAAGAGAUGCUUUAUGGUUUGAUGCUGCAUGGUGCUGAGGAAGAACUGCUUAAGAAACUAUUGUGUGGUCCACCUCCAGGUGCUGUUGGACUUCAGCUCCCAUCAGCCCCAACCACCAUGGCCAACGGUCAGGGACUAUAGGAGCUGGAGCCCAGCAGGCCACGUGUUCCUCCCACCAUGACCAAUAGUCUGCACUGACUAUCAGUGGUUUCACACAGGGCUUUACCUUGAAAUGCUGGGGAUUGAACCUGGGACAUUCUACAUGCAAAACAUGUGUCCUGCCUGUGCCACUGAGUUAUGGUCCUUCCCCUUGCAACUGCAGAGCCACCUCUAAGUAAGUCCAAAACUGAGAGGCUCCAAUCCUAAACACAUUUACUAGCAAACAACUCCAAGAGAGCAGGACUUACUUCCAAGUAAAUAUGCCUAAGGUUGCAAUGAAAAGAGAUGGUUGAUUACUCUGCAUUUGAUUGCUAUAAGGUGGGUCUCAAGCUGAUUCUUUUGCCAGGCAUUGCACUUAAGGUGACAGCAGAUGACAGGAAUAUUCCAUCUGUGAGGUUGGGUGAGCGGCACAUGCAAGCAACUCAUCACUUUAUAUUGCAGUCAUCAAGGGAAUGUGUGAACUAGAGCUGUUCCACAAAUCCCAGUGCUUUUUUUCUUUAAAAAAAUGUUUAGGUACUCAUUUUGACUCAAGAAAAUCACCAUUUUAUAGUUCAAUUUGGGAAAAAUAAAUACAGUAAAUGGACAAAAGUACAAAGAUUCACAAAAUGUUUGGGAGUAUGCAUACCUCUGUGCCCCCCCAGAAAAAAAGCACUGGGUAGCACUCCACUGAAAAGUGGCCAUUGAAUGUGUGCUACUUGAAAUGAGUGCGCGCGCACACACACACACACACACACACACGGAAUAAACAAUGCUGAUUCCAGUGGGGGGUUUUGGGUGGUGCUGGGAGUUUAUUGGGCCAGAUGUCCUCAGUGGGCUUCCUUCCUGGAGUGGGUUCAUCUCCUUCCUUUGGUCCCUGCUGCCCUUUCACCUGCCUUCUCCCUCUUGAGUGCUUUUGCCUGGCAACAAUGGGCUCUUCCUGAUCUGUGAGAAUGCCCCUUGUUUGCUUGCCUGGAUGGAGAAAUGUCUGUGUGUGCACAGAAACUUUUGACUUGUGCAUGACUGAGAUGUAGCCUACUGUACAGAGGUAAGAGUCACAUCCAUUGCACUGCCUAUUUUGCCUUUGGCUCUAACCACUGCACAGCAUGUUUGUGGAUGAAGUGGCUCAUUGAAAAAAGUUUCCCAGCUCUGGGCUUCUGAAAAAACAUCUGCAACAUAUUUUAUGGUGUGCCCUUCUCUUUCCCAUCUGGACAUACAGCUAAAUUGGAUUGUAGCUUUAGUAUAAGCUGGAUUCAUGCCAAAUUCAUUCUCCAGACAGUUUUUAAAAAAUAAAAAAUUAUUAUAUUUAUGAGCAUUGACAAAUACCUGCUCAAUUGUAGUACUCAUUAGCCAAGCAGGAUAAAAGGGAGCAUAGUGACAGUUCUGGUAGUAGCACAAAGCUAUAGUAUUACUGUUCGGGAGAGAUGAUUUGCCAGUGGUCAAGUCUGCCACUAAACAAGAAGCUGUCUUAAACACUAUGAGGAAAUACAAGAAAGAAUAUUAAAAAAGGUUAUGCAUUUCUAUGAUUUGGUAAAUAUGGCUGUUAUUGUGUGCAGGCCCUGUUGAUAUUAGAGAAAGAGUACUGUGAAAAUACUAUCCUUGAUCAUGGUUCCAGUAGUGCAUUUUCAAGUUUCUCUCACUGAGGGGAACACAAAAAUAUUCCAUUGCUUCUAGUCCCUGCAGUCCAGCCCCAAAGAGUUAUUCAGCCUGCACCACUGCUUGUCAUUCCACACAGCUAGAAAAGGCUGGUGCAUGUGCAGUAUGGGUUAUUAUUGUCACAGAGUUGCUGCCAUAAUUAGGGGGGAAUGGACUGAAUGAAGUAGAGCCACUUCCCAAGUUCUUUGGGCUUUUCCAAAAUCUGUCAUUUUUAAAUUGCAUCAUCUUGUAAUAGAAAAGCACCGUGACACUAUAGGGAAGGUCCUUGCCUUUGGGGAAGGGUUGUGGCUCAGCAGGAGAGCACGUGCUUGGCAUGUAAAAUGUUCCAGCCUUAAUCUCUGGCAUCUCUUGGUAGAGUUGGGAAACCCUGGAUGUCAGGAGAGCUGCUGCCAGUCAGAGCAGAGUGGACAAUAAUGAGAGAAACAGCCCAAGGAUCAGACUUGUAUUCCUCUUCGGUCUUCUAAGAACAUGGCGCUGCCACAUAUGGAGCGAGGAGGGGCAAAGAAGGGGAGUCUGGUGAGCUGUGGCUGCCGUGGCAAAGCCAAUCUGACACUCCCAUGCCGUGUCUAUGCUGUGCCCACACCAGGCUGUUUCUUAUUCUCAAAAUACUCAGAUUCACAGCAUAGUUCUAUCUUUUUGUGCCAAGUCAUCUUAAGCAAACGUCCUGCAAAACUGGGGGGGGGGGGGUAUGUAGCCACGAGACUAUAAAACCCAAGCCUGAUGAUAUCUGGGCCUUUGACUGAAGAGAGAAAUUUACCAAGAACAGCACAGCCCAAGAUGACCUAAAUUUUUCCACCACGGUGAAUUUUCUGCCCCACCCCCUUUGAAAUGCUACUCAAAGCAAACAGUACUAAAACAGAAUUGUGCAUGUCAGUUUUGCAUAUAUUAAAUGCUUCACUGAUUGCAAGGGCACACUAACCUUCCUCUAGAACACUGUUCAUGCUUCUGGUGGUGCACUAUAGUACUCUCUCAGUAUCAAGGCUGACUACUCGUGUGUUGUGUCCUUCAAUCCAGAACCAGGAGAAGCAGACAGGUGGUUUUGCCAAAGACUUAUGGGCUGGGAGGAACAUCCAAUAUCUACAGCUAAUUAGAGCUGAUUGAUUUCUUGAGAAGAUGUCCUCCUGAGUCUGUAACACUUCAGAAUGCUGCUGGGAGGGAUUGUUUGUGAAUGCUGUUUUUAAAAUAAUAGAAACACUGUUUUACUAGUUUUCUACUUUCUACUCUCAUUGAAGUUCUUUUCAUGCCCCAGAGCAUUGAAACAUGAGAUUUUUCCUACCUGAAUUAAGAAGUGGUACAGGCCCAGCAGAACUUUAGCAACAAGAUCAGCCAUAGAAUGGUUCUGGGCUGUUGCCUGACACAUUGCUUUCCCUGCAGCUGUUUGCACCAUCUUCUUCCUGCCUGGGGGCAUGAGCUGUUCAUUAAGUUAUGGCACCUUCCCUUUAAUGCCAGCUUGGCUCUGCGACUGUGGGUGGCAUGCAGCAUGCAUGGCCCUGGCACUGAAAUUUGUGGGUGCCCGACUCCUUCAUGGGGAAUUUUGUGGGUGCUCAGGCACUCAGGGCCCCAGGGAGUUGACACCUAUGCUUUGACCCAAGAGAUUUGGGUUCAAAUCCCUGUUCAGCCAUCCCUGUGCCAGUCAGUCUGUGAGGCUUGGUGAGAACAUAGAAUCAUAGAAUCAUAGAGUUGGAAGAGACCACAAGGGCCAUCGAGUCCAACCCCCUGCCAAGCAGGAAACACCAUCAGAGCACUCCUGACAUAUGGUUGUCAAGCCUCUGCUUAAAGACCUCCAAAGAAGGAGACUCCACCACACUCCUUGGCAGCAAAUUCCACUGUCGAACAGCUCUUACUGUCAGGAAGUUCUUCCUAAUGUUUAGGUGGAAUCUUCUUUCUUGUAGUUUGGAUCCAUUGCUCCGUGUCCGCUUCUCUGGAGCAGCAGAAAACAACCUUUCUCCCUUUGUCAGUGUCCUUCUUGAACUGUGGUGCCCAGAACUGGACACAGUACUCCAGGUGAGGUCUGACCAGAGCAGAAUACAGUGGCACUAUUACUUCCCUUGAUCUAGAUGCUAUACUCCUAUUGAUGCAGCCCAGAAUUGCAUUGGCUUUUUUAGCUGCCGCGUCACACUGUUGGCUCAUGUCAAGUUUGUGGUCAACCAAGACUCCUAGAUCCUUUUCACAUGUACUGCUCUCAAGCCAGGUUACCCCCAUCUUGUAUUUGUGCCUCUCAUUUUUUUUGCCCAAGUGCAAUACUUUACAUUUCUCCCUGUUAAAAUUCAUCUUGUUUGUUUUUGCCCAGUUCUCUAAUCUGUCAAGGUCGUUUUGAAGUGUGAUCCUGUCCUCUGGGGUGUUAGCCACCCCUCCCAGUUUGGUGUCAUCUGCAAAUUUGAUCAGGAUGCCCUUGAGUCCAUCAUCCAAGUCGUUGAUAAAGAUGUUGAAUAAGACCGGGCCCAAGACAGAACCCUGUGGCACCCCACUAGUCACUAGUCAGAACAGCUGGGAGGGGUGGCAGAUCUGCCAUGCCCCCCCCCCCCGAGCAUGCCGCUCCUUGUCUCCUGCGCUUGUCAUGCUCCUCCUCUGCACCCCCCGCCUGCUCCUUUCCAGCCUCCAUUUUCUCCCCACCACAACAACCUUCAGCACACAAGGCCUUUCCUGGGCCACCUCAGGGGGUGGUGGCAAAGGUGGAGGAGGUCUCCUCUCUGACCUUCCUGUGGAUCAGGUAACGGAGAGGGAAGGUUGAGCAGGAACAACGCUGGAUUUAUGGUGGUGGGGGCAGUUUCCCUGCACAGGGUGCUGUGCCGAGGGGAGCAGAAUGGAAUAAAUAUUUAGGAGGAGGUGCCAAAUUUUAUUUUUAUUCAGGGCACCAUAUUACCAAAGUCCUUCCCUGACAGGAUGUGGCAAUGGCUCAACAGGAGCCUGAGCAGGAGUAUGCAGUCCUGUCACUUGGAAUCAUUGCCUUCACAGAUGGGAUCAGAUCUACCUGCAAUCCUGAUGUUCUCACAAGGCGAGUGAAUGCCCUGUACUUAAUCUUUAGAAGCUCAGUGGGAGGGGCUGGGAAACUUGUUGGGACAGCUUUGUCACUUCUGACCAGUUCUGAACUUCCUGUCCUGCUCCUGAACUCCUGACCUCCUGACUCUUGAUCAUGGUGUCUGUUGCUGAGUCUGUACUCUUACUUUUCUGGAUAAAUAGCUCUUCCAUCCUCAGAGCCACUGUCUCCAUAUGUUGCGUGUGACAAUACUGGGCUAGAUGGACCAAUGGCAUGACUCAUUCUAAGGGUGUUUUCUACAUGACGGGCAAGAUGUUCUCCUCUCCUGAUGUUCAGCCAAUAUCUACCAUCCUGUAACUCAAACCCACUAAAUUAAGGUUACCAGAUUUUUUUCAAUAAAUCCAGGACACUUUUCAACUUCAAUGGAUUUUGUAUGGGAACUGAUUUGUAAAUCCGGGGAAUGUCCCCAGGAAACAGGGAUGUCUGGUAACCUUACACUAAAUGCUCUGCCCUUUAGGGCAGCAGAGAGCAAGGCUCUGUCCACAUCUAAAUGGCAACCCAUAAGGUAUCUGAAGAGGGCUAUCAUUCAUGUCCCCCCUCAGUUCUCUUAUUCCUAGGUUGGAGGUGUUGACCUAGUGUCAGAAAAAUCCUCAUCUUUGCGGUGGUGAGGGAGGGGGAGGGUACAACAACAACAACAAUUUUAUUAUUUAUACCCCAUCCAUCUGGAUGGGUUACCCCAGCCACUCUGGACAGCUUCCAACACACAUAAAAAGAUAAUAAUAUGUCAGACAUUAAAAACAUCCCAAUACAGGGCUCCCUUCAGAUGUUUUCUAAAAGUUGUGUAGCUCAUUAUCUCCUUGACAUCUGAAGGGAGGGUCAGAGGCAUAGCAAGCCCAGGUGGUACCCAGUGAAGAAUUUUUUUGUCACCCCCCCACACACACAUUGACAGCUCGGGGUAGGCUUGGGAGUCAUGGGCAGGUGCCAAAUGUCACCCCCUGAGCGAUGACACCUGGGGAGGUCCACCCCCCUUCCUAUGCCUCUGUGACUCCCAAGUACCUUGAGCCAUUGGGAAAGGGGGGGAGCUAUGCUGCUUUGUGGGGGAGCUGGCAAAGCUGCUCAGCUCGUCCUCUUGGGAUACAUGGCUCCCGUCUGUCCCACUCCCCGGCUUGUUGUACAGAGGCAAAGUGGGAGCCACUUACACCAAGCCAGGGAGUGAGGGAGGUUGGGAGGGGGACCCCCGGAUCACCGUAAGUGGCUCCUGCUUUGCCGCUUUAUGGCGAGCCAGGGAGGGAGGGAGGGAGGGGGAGCCUCUUAUGGUGAGCCGGGGAGGAAGGGAGACUCGGAGGGGCCCCCGCCUGGCCAUAAGCGGCUCCUGCUGGUGGUGGAGGGAUCCCACCACCAUCCGUACAACACUCCAGCCACGCCGGUGGCAAACCACUAUGUACAGUGCAUGUGUGGCGUCGCUACAUAGCGGUUUGCCACCGGCGCCACCCGAGAGCCAUACAAACAGUGGCGGGAUCCUCUGCUUGUGGCUGCAGCUGCAGAGGAUCCUCCACAUGUGGCUGCGGCGGCAUGAUGGCUGCUCACGCCGAUGCAACUGGGGUGGCGGGGCGAGCACCCUAUGGGGUGCGUUCUUGUCACCCUCCCAGACAUGGCACCUGGGGCGCACCGCCGCCCCCGCCACUCCCUUGAGACGCCACUGGGGAGGGUGUUCUACAAGGAGGGCACCACUACUGAGAAGGCCCUCUACCUGGUUGCCUGUAACGUCACUUCUCACAGUGAGGGAACCGCCAGAAGACCCUCGGAGGAGGACCUCAGUGUCCAGGCUGAACGAUGUGGGUGGAGACACUCCUUCAGGUAUCCAGGGCCAAGGGCGAUUAGCGUUUUAAAAGUCAGCACCAACACUCUGACUUGUGUUUGGAAAUGUACUGGGAGCCGGUGAAGAUAAUUUAGGACCACUGUUAUAUGGUCCUGGCGGCCACUCCCAGUCACCAGUCUAGCUGCUUUAUUAUGGAUUAGAGUUUCUGAGCCACCUUCAAAGGUAGCCCCAAGCAGAGUGCAUUGUCGUAGUCCAAGUGGGAGAUAACCAGAGCAUGUACCACUCUGCUAGGAUGGCGUGCAGGCAGGUAGGGUCUCAGCCAGCAUACUAGAUGGAGCUGGUAGACAGCCACCCUGGACACAGAAGAGGAAUGAAAAGGUCUUCUUGCUGUAAUGUUGGGUUGCACAUAGUGUAGAACAAAGAACUGAAUCAUCAUCAUAUAUUUCUUGAAAUGCCUGCAAUCCUGUGCAAAAAAUCCCAUCAGUUUAAUGAACUUUGUAGAGGCAAAUCUAUGGGGAGGGUUGACGUCAUUUUAAAAUGCAUAUUUUAUGAAGUUAAUAUGUUCUGGUUUAACCGCUCUUUCUUGAUACUUGCUCUAUUGCACAGUUGCUUGGAACAGUUACUUAACGGAUGGUAAGAGUUGCCACAUUUAGCAAGCUCCUCAAUCUGUCACACAUUAUGAUGAACUGAUGAUUAAUUAACCUGAAUGAAGUAACAAAAAGCUACUACCAAGGUGAUGAUGAAUAAUAAAGAGAGCAAGCAACUCAGGGACCGAAAUAUGAAAUGUAACACCAUGAAUCACAUUUAUUCAUCUCUAAAUAAAAUUUGUUUUUGAGUUUUUAACUUUUGUGUUGAAAAUUGAAAAGGGGAGCUAAUGUAUGGCUUAUCUGAAAGACCCUAUUCACUCAUACAAACCUGUCUGGGUUCUGAGAUCCUCAGGAGAGGAAGCUCUUCUCUCAGUCCCGCCAGUCCCACAGGCACACUGGCAGGCUUGGAAGGGAAGUAGUACGGAGCCUUCUCAGUGGUGGCUGCUCCCAGACUUUGGAAGUCCCGCCCUAGAGAAGCUAGACCGGCUCCUGUCCUUCCGCCGGAAGGUGAAGAGCUUCUUGUUCCAACAAGUUUUGGGAAAUUGACUGCUUUUAACAAAACGGCUAGUGCCGUACGGUUAUUAUUGUAAUUAUUUUUAUAGUUUUGAUAGGGUGUGUGUGUGUGUCUGUGUGUAGAUAUAGUUUAAAUUCUAUGUUUAAUUAUUGUUUUUCACUGUUCUUAUUUUUAUCUGUAAGCUGCCUUGAGUCUCUGCUAGGGAAAAAGAUCAGACCCUCAAAUGUACUGAGUACAAGCAAUCAGAAUAAGGUUCACUAUUUGACUGCUGAUUCAGGACUCUAAACUGUGUUUUAUAUAAUCGACUUUUUAUUUUGUUCUGUAUAUACUGCAAUGUUCUUUUGUUGCAAUGGCUGCAAUGGCUGAUGCAAUCAAAGUCUCAUUCAUUCAUUCAUUCACUGAGUACAAGUGGUGAUCUUCAUGUGGAGAUAAUCUCACUCCCCACCCCCAAAACUGAAGGCAGUUAAAAGAGGGGUCACUGCAUCAUACUUUCAUCUCUGGUAAACAUGUGUUGCAGGUUUAUGAAUUGUUUCAAAAAUUUACAAAACCAAUUUUAUUAGAAGCAAGAGUGAGUUUUAAAAAGUAGUGUGUUCCAUGGAAACAGACGCUUUCUCAAACUACUUUGAACUUCAAAAACCGUGACACAAUAUAGUAUGCCGAAAUGUCCGCUUCCAAUUUCCACUGAUGUUCUGAGGCAGAUUUGCACUUUGAAAAUCACUGAGGUUUCCACUGGCAAUCAAAAUGUGCUUUUUAUUUCCCCAGUCAUUAACAGCAGGUUUCGGGGAAUUUUGCUGACCCCCUGUAGAUUGAAUCUCUUACCAUGAUCAGGAGAUGGCAAAAAGUCUCACUGUUGUCUACUCUGCUCAAGCUUACAAGCUUACAAGCAUGAUUACAGCCAUUUGCCUUCGGCAAAUAACAUGCAUUGCGGAACUCUUGUCCUCCUGAGAACAAGAGAACGCUCGCACAUAUUUAGUUUGUGGAGCUGCAUGUGAAAUCAUUUGAUUUAUAUUCUACAGAGUGAUGGAAAUCAGGGUCACAUUCAAAGAGUUGCACAGCUUCCAGGGAUGUGUGGAUCUGUCAAUUUGGAUUCUCUCUGCUUCUCAUUUUUUCAUAAUUUCACUUUGCCCCUUUGGAUCACUUUUGUAAUCACAAAAACCAACAUUUUAUUGUGCAAUAAUAUACACAUUUUAAAUUUAAUUUCCCCUAAUAUACACAUUUUUGCAAGCAAUUUCUCCAUAUAAGUGUAUUUAUUUGUUAUUUAUAUAUGUGUUUAUGGACACUCUCCUAACAUGCACAUUUUUAAAUACAUUCUUUGGGUUUGGAGAAGUGCAUCACAAAAUCUGGACAAGUGCAUAUUUUGAAGGAUACUCAUGUUUCAGUUCAUGCAAAUUAGGCAACUGCACAUUGAAAGACGAAGCAUAAUGAACACACACACCAUUAUAUAUUAGCUCCAUCAGAGUGUCUGCAUCACUUGCCUUCAAUUCAUGUCCUAAGAUUCCAUAUUUUUUUGCACUAAAAGGAUGCAGAUUUCAUUUUAAAAAUAUGCUUCUGAUUGUAAAUAAAUAAAAAAUAUCAAAGCAGUUUUUAAAAAGCCUCAAGGUGGAUAGUCAGUGUGGUGCCCUCCAGAAAUUUUGGAUUCUCUUUCCCACCUCCCCUGACCAUUGGUCCUGCUGGCCAGGGCUGAUGCAAGUUGUGGUCCAAAACAGCUAUCCAUGUUCCCUACCUCUGUGCUAUUACUGGUGGUACUGUGGUUCUUUGCCUAUAAUAUUUAUAAUCUACUUUAGAUGGACAGGGAAUAGGAACAAAGGAGGGGGGAGGGUUGCCUGCUUCUUUUCUGAUCUAGCUCUCCUGGGUGCUCUGCUUUUGUCUCCGGGGGUCUGCAUGCUGUUAAGGCACAAGAGCAGAGCUGGUGAAGAAAGGAGGUAACCCUGGGAAUAAGUGGUGCCUGGCAUAGGAUAAAAUAGAGGUGAGUCAGCUUGUAGGAGGGAAACAGGUAAAGUGAGGUUGACACAAUUCAUAGAUGCUGCUAAAGUAUUGCUACUCACCAAUCUCUGCUGAGAAGCAGCAAGAGAUUCCAGGGGUCUUGGCACAUAACCAGGUUUUGUGUUUCCUUGGCUAGUGUUUUUAUGAAAUAUGGUUUAUUCAUACAUAGUUACACCUGAGUUUUAUGGAGAAAGAGUUCACAGUAUUUACAUCUCAAGAAGCGCUUGUCCUUUCCCAGCAGCACAGCAUCGGAUUCAGAGGCAUCUUAAUUAUGUAUCAUUUAUUACAUUUGUAUACCGUCUUUCAUCCGUAGCUCUCAGGGUGGUUCACAGCAUAAAAAUGCAAGAUAAAAACACAAAAUACAUAAUAAAAACAACAAGAACAAACCAAACACCUCCACCCUCACCCCCAAGGAAGGUGGGAGGGACCAUAAUGAGUGGAGUUCAUGGCACUCACUCAAAAAUGUAUCUAUUUGGUGACCUUGCUUCUCCCAGCUUCUUGAAGGAAACAGUAAUGCAAUGCUGUUAUGUUAUUGGUAAGAGUGUCUCUAAGUACAGAGUGCCCUUCCCUCAUACUCACAACUUUAGCCAGUCCCAGCAUAAUUAAGGAGCUGAGAAGGGAUGAUAGCUCAAGGCUGCAGCAUAUGUUUGUAUUCUGAAUGCUCUGGGUUCAAUCUCUGGCAUCUCCAGGUUAAAAAUGUGAGGCUGCAGGUGAUUUGAAAUGUACCCACACCUGAGAUACUGGAGAGCCAUCAGAGUAGACAAUCUGGCAGCUUCCUUUUUGCAUGGAUUAAGCUAGCCAGUAGCACCCCCUGUAUAUUCUAAGGGACUCAUCACUUCUUGCAGCAUUCUGAUAACACAAACAAAUGUUUCUGAAACAGUUUAAGGUUGUACUCUACUAGCCCUCCAAACCUAUACAGUGGUACUACACCCCUUUCUGCAUAUGCCCACUUUCACUUUGACUGCAAUCUGCUAAUCCACAGAUUCCAACCUUAAUUUCAGCUUUGUAUGGUCCCCCUGAUUCCUGCAAAGGGCGAUGUAAUGAAAAAUACAAUCCAAAAGAUGUUUGCCACUGCAACAGCAAAUGUGAACAACACCAGAACUGUUGUGAAGACUACCAUAGCCAUUGCCAUCAAGGUGAGUGAAAACUCUGGAUGCUAAUGUUACUAAAGUUCUCCUGUGGUCAUUCCCUGCUUAAGUUGUCUUCCUAAAGCCAUCUGGUUGACCUCCUCUGUGGGAAACAGAUGGUGAACUAGGUAGGCCUUAGGUCUGGUCCAGUUUGGUAUGACAGAAACAUCCAUAUAAAUAAAUGGAAAAGGUUUAUACCUGUCUGGUCAGGGGGAAAGGUGGGGUAUAAAACAACAACAAAAACACUUGACUAAUGGGUUUUGGUUCUUGAUGCUAGCCUAUCAUCAUCACUACCAUCCUUACAAUUGAUUAUCCACCCUUCACCCUAAGGGUGUGUUGCAACAGUUAAAAUACAAUAUUUUCUUUUAAAAAUAUAUCACUAUCACCAAGAUGCCCUUAAGAGUCAAGACACUUCUCAAAAAGUUUCAUUUUGCACUGGUCACGGGGCCUUGAUAUGGUUUGCGUACAAUCAUUUCUCCUUUCUUUUAUCAGCUAAUGCAGAUGGCAAAGAAACAGGCACAGUAUUUGAUGGUGAGUACUUGAAUUGCUUUUUAGAUGAGUUGUUUGUGACAUGUAGAAUAACAAACCAGGAGCAGGUGGUGAGUUGGUUCGCUGGCGGGAGUUGUUGGUUGCUCCUGUGGAGGAACUGAGGUGGCAGCAUGCUUCUGAACACCAGUUGCUGGGAACCACAGGAGGGGAAAGUGCUGUCUUGCUCAGGUCCUGCAUGCAAGCUUCCCACAGGCACCUGGUGGGCCACAGUGAGAACAGGGUUCUGGACUAGAUGGGUCAUUGGAAAAAGUCAGCGCUCUCCGGCAAUGGCUGUGCGGCUUCACUCCGUGAAAAUAGCAAUCAGUUCGCAGCACCGCGCCGCUCACCCCACUUCACUCCGGCACCCCAAAAUGGGGUUCCCAGUGAGUAGGGGGGGCGCUCCUGGUGCCCUGCCAAACCCCACGUUCCCAGGCUUCCUCCGCCUGGGAUUUCUAGCGGGUCCCCACCUUCGCCGCGGUGGGAAGACCCAGUUUCCACGGAGCCCGUUCCUCCGAUCAGAGGAACUCGCCAUUCACCAAUGGCGCUGACCCGGAAGUCGUCCAUCAUUUCCUGUGGACAAUUGGAUUUAAAACAAGUACCCGUGAGUAGAAACGGAAAAUUGGAUUAAGAAAUAUCUUAAUUUGGCAUCGAAGCGGGAAGGUUCAAAACAGGAAGUCCGCCUUCCGCUUUUUGUAUACAGACUAAAGCAAAAACUUUGUAAGCUAAAGCCUGGAAAGCUGUCAAAAAAGUCUAAACUUCCUUCAUUCAGAAUUACUGAAACCCCCUUGGAAGCAGGAGAAAAGGGGGGGGGACUUUGUUCAACCCUAGCAGGAGAGGGAGUGAAGAAGAAUAAGUUUCCACUGUCUCUAACCUGGGAGCAGGGUGUCAGAGACAGAAAUCGUUGGAGAGGUUCAUUGACUGUGAAUGGGAUAUUUUGACAGAUAGCUAAAGAAGAGAAACAAGUUGUUUCCAAUGUUGCCUUUUGCAUCCUAAAGAAACAAAAUACCUGGAAAAUAUCUGAAAAAUGAAAGUACUUUUCCAUUGUGGGACUUGCCGAAAAAAAAAAAAAAGGAUACAAAUAGAAAUUGCCUCCUCUAGACUUCCGGGGUGGCGCCUCCGGAAAAUGGCGGAAUUCCCUUCGGACUGAAGGGAACCCGCUGCACGGAGGCUUGGGUCCUGCCGCUACGGCGCAGCGGGGACCCUCAAAAACCACAGGCGGAAGAAGCCUGUGGACGUGGGACUCGGCGGGCACCGAGAGCGCCCACUCCCUGUGUACAGGCGCACGGAAACGGGCUCCGGAGUGGAGGUGCGUGGUGCUGUGAGUCGACUGCUUCCUCCGUGCAGCAAAGCCGCACUGCCGUUAUCGGAGAGCGCUGCCUUUUUCCUGGACAAUUUGGCAUCUAAAAUAUCUAUCCGUGAGUACCUGAUCUUGGAAGAGUUGAACCACUUUUAAGACUGGUGAAUAAACAAAUAAUAUUGGACUUGAAAUUGAACUUAAUUGGGACUCGGAAUGGGAAGGUCUAAACAGGAAGUCGCCUUCCGUUCUUUUGUUAUGUGAAGAAAGCAAAGACAAAAUAUACUAAAGCUUGAAAAUUAAAUUCUAAGAGAACUAGAAUUCAACAUCUAAGAUUUCUGAACCCCCCCUUUGACUGCAGGAGAAGAAGGGGGUUGUAUUUUCCUGCGGAAGUGAGUUUAAAAUAAAGCAAUUUUCCACCGCCUGAACCAGGAGCGGGCUGUCAGAAUUGACGUUCUGGAGUUUAUCCAGCUCGACAGUUAGUUAAAAGAAGGGUAACAUUUUGAUUCUACUGUUGCCUCUUGAAUUUGGAAGGGGGAAUUUUGGAUAAAAUGUUUCUGGAAAAAGAAAGAUUGUUGCUGUUGCUUUUAUUCCUUUUAAAAAAAAAAAUUUCCAUCUAGUGGAAUUUAGUGAAAUUGCAACGCAGAGAGAUUAAAAGAGAAGGACUAUUGGACUAUUGUCGUGGGAAAGAAUUUUCUUUGACCUUGAAAGACAAUGCUAGUACAAAGGCUUGAACAAUUGUUCCUGGAAGGUUUUUCAAAACUAAGUGCCCAGCUGGACCAGAUGCGUCAGGAGACGACCUUGAUGAUGGAAGUUACCAGAGCACAGCAGCAAACAAAUGAAAUUCAGUUAAAGGCUAUACAAGCAUAUGAACCUGCUGUAGUGACGGAGGCUUCAGAGAUGGAGGGAUCUUUGGAUGGGCAAGAUCAGCCUUUGAACUUGAUAAAUGAACUUGGCACAAACCAGAUUCGGAAAGAUGAAAUGUGGUCAGAUUUGGAAAUGGGGGGAUGGAUUGACCCCCCUCCAUAUGGUUAUUUGGACCUUCCGAGUCUGGUGAUGGGCUAUCAGAGGAUUGGAGUAGCCGAAGUCUCCAAGCUGUGUGGAAAUUUGAAGUGGUAUUAUUUGCUGUCUGGCUUGGGCAAUGGGUUUGGGAUGGACUUGCUGCAAAGGGUCAAAAGCAUUUUCUUGCUGGAGCAUCCACGACUGGAAAGGAAUCAUCAACAAGAGUGGCGAAAGGGGCAAGAAAGAGACUUGAGGGCCUCGGAUACGAGACAACCAGGUUAAGGAGCCGGAUUAUCGAGGUUAAAAGGACUGACAAUCCCGGGUCCAGGGAGGGAGGUUGGAAGCUGACUGGACUGAAUUUGACUUAUUAAUUUUUCUUUUUAUUUUUUAAUAUCGGGAAUGCUUACAAAUGUUUGAAGGAUGUUGAAUGAAAUUACAUGGCUUAAGUAAGGAUUGGUAAAUGAUUUGUAAAAAGGUAAUGAUGCAAGAAUUUGGUAAAUAUUGAAUAUAAGCUAUGAGUCUUAAAGUUUUUAUAUGACAAGAGGGAAAAUAGAAUAAGGAAACGUAAUGACAGAUUGUUAUGAAAAAACAGAAAGGAUUUGCUGUAAAAAUUAAAAAUUAAGAAACAAAAGAGGGAGGAGGAGGAAGUCUAGAAAGGAAGUCAAUAGAGAUUGUAAAGGACUUUAUAUUUUUGUUUUUCUGUUUCUCUUUUUUUUUUCUUUGCGGCUGGGUUCUCUUUUCUUUUUUGUUUAUGUACUAUUUUUGUUUUUUGUAUCCUCAAUUUUUUUUGGAAAUUUUUGUUGUUAUUCUUUGAAAACUUAAUAAAUAUCAAUUAUAAAAAAAAAAAAAAAGAAAUUGCCUCCUCUAGAGGGAGCUUGUUAAAUUCUUGCUGCAGUAUACUUGAGGACCAAACAGCUGUGAGAUUAAGACCGUGGGAACAGUCUUUUCUGACCUUGAUUAAAGAUGAGCUGGGAGGAAGAUUGGGUGCUUGCCUUAUGCAAGACAAGUGCCUUGUUGGAACAGAUGCAUGAGAAGAUGGACUUGAUGAAUGAGAAAAUGGAUUUGACUGUUGUGGUUAAUAACUGUGGACAAACAGGGAACAUUGAUACAGAAAUUAUUCAGGGACCAACUCAUGAAUCUGCACUGACUGGGCAAGUGCAGAAGAUAAUGGAGGAGGAUGCGGUUGCACCCCAAAUAAUACAAAUGGAGAGACCCGAGGCCCUACAGGAGCAUAAGCCGCUGUCAUUGAAGAUUAAAGUUGGAGUGGGCCAGGGGGAGUCUGGAGCUGAGGAGGUUCCUAACUUUGGAGAGACCUUGGAAUACACUUUUAAAUAUUUUUUGGAUUAUAUCGAGGACUGUGGGGAGUGGGACUGUGGGGAAUGGGCGGGUUUGAUGAAGGGAGAUGGAGAUAAUUUUGGCUUGGAAUCCCCCAGAGGCCUACUCCUCAAUGAGAAAGGAAAGAAAUUAAGAAAGAGACCAACAAAAGACAAGGAAAAGGGCAAGUAUAAACAAGAAGAAGAACUGCAGAAGGGACAUGGAAGAGACUUAAGGGCCUCGGACAUAAGGCUUCCAGGUUGAUGGACUAGAUGGAAUGGACAGUAAGGACUGACAUAACCCGAGACCAGGAAGAAGAGACGUUGGAUGAAGAUUAGAAGAAACUUUAUAAAGAAAACUUUUUAUUUAGGGAAUUGGCUAAAAAUUUAUGAAUAUUAGGGAAAAUGUUGGAAUGUAACUAUAUGACUCUAGCAGAAAUGAUACCAGGAGUUAUGUAUAUUUGAAAACUAAGAUUCAAGCUUUAAGGUAUUUUAGGGUAAGAUAAGGUUAAAUAAAUUAAGGUAAUUUGAAUAAUAGAAUAUGGGAAAAGAUGGAAAGGAUUUGUUGAGCUAAUUAUUAGGUUAAAUUGUUAGGAUAAAUUUUUUAACAAAAAUUGAGAAAGAUGGAAAGAAUUUGCUGAAACAACUAAUUAAACUAGAAUACAAAAAGGGAGGUGUGAGGAGGUCAAUGAAACAAGCAAAUGGAAGUUAUAGAUAUGUAAUUUGGGAUUUGUGUUGUUUUCUUUUUUCUUUUUAUUUUUUUGCUGUAUUGUUGUAUUGGUUUUUGUGUUUUUUUUCCCUUUUCAUGUAUUAUAGUGUUGUUUUUUAUUUUUUAUUUUUUUCUUAUAAUUCUGAAACUACUAAUAAAUAUUAUUUUAAAAAUAAAAAUAAAAAAAAUAGAUGGGUCAUUGGGCUGAUCCAGAAGGUUGUCCUUACACUCCAAUGUCUGUCUCUCCCACAGGGGAAUUCUCCAGUAGUGAUGAUGCAAUCACCAAUGAAGAAUUGCAACAAACAUCUGAGCAGCUUUACCAAAGCGACAUUAACAGAGCUGGGGAGGCUGAUAUAACCCUUAACAAGCAACACUUAGCUUCAAAGAAUCAGGAGAACAAGGACCAAUCCCCAGAACCGUGAGUUCCACACAGACUUGAUACAUGAAGGUGCCCUGUUUUUAAGAGCAUUAAGUCUCUGGCUACUGGAUCAGGCCAGUGGCCCGCCUCCACUCCAGUAUCCUGUUCUCACAGUGGUCAACCAGAUGCCCCCAAAGAGAAAACCCCAAGCAGGACCUGAGCACAGCUGUAUUCUCCAGUUGCAGCUCAUUAUUUGGUAUUCAAAGGUAGACUGUUCUUGUCUGCCAUGUCCACCCUUUCCCAGACCACAAAAAGCACUCUGCAGGUGCCCCAAGACCAUUCAAUGUUAGUGUUACACAUUUGCAAGGCUGGCACUGAAAUAACUUGCGGCGGGAGCUCUGAUAAAACCCUAUCAAGCUAGACGUAAGCAGCUGCAACUCCAGCGAUGGAGCUGAAGCCUGCAUGCAUGUAAUGUUUGUAAAGAGCAGAUUAAAAAUAAUUAUUCUCGCUCAAUUGAGUGGAUGUAUCUUGUCUUCCACUGGGGAAGUCUGCCCCCUGGUGGCCGCUUGAUCCUGCAGCGGUUUAAAUCAAAGCCUCCAGCCUACAGAUGGAUGAAAAGAGAGAGAGAGAGAGAGAGAGAGAGCAAUCAGGAGAGAGAGAGCUGCAGCUGUGGGAUGCAACUGUUUAAAAGUGCAACUCUAGAGCUCAGCAUCUUUCCACCUCCUGCUAACCCGGAGGCACGCCCUGCAGGUAGGAGACGUGGGUCCAAUAGGAUGGGAUGGAAGUUGGGAAUCUGCAGAGAGGAAGGUGGUUGAAAUAAAUGUUUGAAUGGGCUACUUUGAUGCGGGUGUUUGUUGUUUUUUGCUGGUUUUAGCAAAAAGGCUUUAAGUUACUUAAAAAGACAGAAUUUAAUGAUCUUGCUAAUUUGUUAAACUGUAAGGCACUUUUUAAAAAAAGUACAUUGCAAACUAGGGUUGUUGGAAUUGCAGACUGGGGGUUUUGGACACGCAAAGGGAUUCUUCCAGCGUGGUGUGUGGUGGGGAGGGAAGGCUGCUCUGGUUAUCCAAACUGAACGUAGUAAUAAUUUGGUUGCAUUUUACAAAGCACUUCAGGGCGGUUCAGACACUUCCUUCCAGAAAGCUCCCCUGCCUGUGAAAUCUUCCUAACAGCCUUGUGAGGGGGGCUCCUUCCUAUGUUUGUAGCAAAUGGUUUUGGAAGCAGGUGGCAGUUUACUAAGAUGCUGGCUUUGUUUGAUAAUUUGUAUUUUGCUGCCUAUAAACCUUACGUGGUCUGCGUUAAUUUUCUUGCCCUUACUGGCAGUGGCGGCAGCAGCAGUGGGGGUGGGUAGGGGAUUUACAUAUUUCUACGGGGAAAAGAUAAAUGUCAUACAUUCAUUUAGUGACAAUGACAAAGCAGAUGCCACUUGAAAAUAAAUUAGAAAUGUUAAACAAUCCAGAAAAAAAUGAGUGUUUCAUAAAUUACUAUAAAAAAUUAUAUAAAGCAGAAGAGGAUGAAAAUAAAAUAGAAGAAUUCCUGACCAAGAAUAGAUUACCAUUGAUAACAGAAGAAGAACAAAAAUAUUUAAAUGCCCCCAUGAACAUUAAUGAAAUAAAGGACGCGAUUGCAAAAUCUAAAGUUGGAAAAUCUCCAGGGCCAGACAGAAUCUCUGUAAUGUAUUAUAGGAAAAUCAAAGAGAUAUUACUUACCUGUACUGGAAGGCAUGAUGAACAAAAUAUUAGAAGGGAAGGUUCCAAAAUCUUGGCAGGAGGCGUUAUUAACAUUAAUACCGAAACAAGGUUCAAAUCUGUCUGAAACUAGGAAUUAUAGACCAAUCUCUCUAUUAAAUAUGGAUUACAAAAUAUUUGCAAAAUUUUUGGCUAAUAGAUUAAACAAAUUUUGGGGAAGAAUAAUUAAUGAGGACCAAUCUGGUUUUUUUUAGUGGGGAGACAAAUUAAAGACAAUAUGAGAAUGGUAAUAGAUAUACGGUAAUUGAAUAUUUAGAAAUGAGGCUGGACUAAAAGGCAGCCCUGAUGCUGGUUGAUGCUGAAAAAGCUUUCGACAAUGUAUCUUGGAAGUACAUGCUAAAAACCAUUUAAACAAUGAGAUUAGGAGAGAAAAUAUGUAGUGGAAUUCAAGCGAUAUAUAAAUCCCAAAGGGCAACUGAUUAUAAAUAAUAAAUUGUCAGAUUCCUUCAACAUCUCUAAAGGAACAAGGCAGGGAUGCCCACUGUCGCCCCUUCUCUUCAUAACAGAAACACAUCUAAAGGUGAUAGGAAUGAUCCAAAAAUAGAAUGGAUAAAACUGGGGGAAAGAGCCUAGAAGGUUAAGACUUUUGCAGAUGACUUGAUAAUCACAACAGAAAACCCAUUAGAAAGUAUUUUAAUAAAAUGGGAGAAAAUGAAUGAAUUCGGCCAACUAUCUGGGUUUAAAAUUAACAAAGAAAAAAAAACUUAUGGAGAAAAAUUUGGAUGCACAAGAAAAAGCAGAGUUGGAAAAAGAGAUAGGAUUAAAAGUGACUAACAAAGCCAGAUAUCUGGGAAUUUGGAUCACCAUGAAAAACAUCAACCUCUAAAAGGAUAAUUAUAUAAAGGCCUGGAAUGAAAUAAAAAAAGGAGUUAGAAAGUUGGAAUAGGAGAGACCACGCAUGCGUCGGACAGGAUAGAUGCACACUCGCUUCACUCUUGGAGCUUUCUAAUUAAAAGCUUAAGAAAAAUAAGAUUAAUGAAAAGCAAACUGAUAGUAGAGCUUUCUUCAUAGCGGUUAAUUGGCCUAGGAGUUGGCUCCGAAAUCUGACGGAGGGGAGAAAUAAUUCUUUGGCGUUUGAAAAUUGCUACUUAUCUUCAAAGGGUGUAACAAAAUGGCGAAGUCAGUGAAGGAGUUGGGGGAGAUGAUUCAACGUUCAGAAGCUAACAUACGGACUGACAUGCAUGAGUUAAAAGCAGAGAUGAGACGAAUGAUGGCAGCUGUUGAAAAAGUCCCCAAAACAGCAGAUAAUUGGCCGAAGCAAAUGCAAAUAAAAUAGAAGCCCUGACUAAGAGAAUUGCCCAGAUGAAUGAUAGACAACGCAGAAGAAACUUAAAAUUUGCCGGCAUAUUAGAAGAUAUCCUGAACAAGGACUUGGAAAAGGUACUCCUGAGCUGGCUUAGAGACCAAGGAAUUGCGAUUGAACAGGAAGAAAUAGAGAGUGUACAUCGGCUGUUUACACCUAGAAGGAUGGUUGGAGCCUCUAGAGAGAUAAUUGUUGCAUUCGCUAGAGAGAGAAAAAGAGACCAGAUUUAUAAAGUUCUUCAGCAGAAGACUUGCAGUUUAAAGAAAGAAAAGUGAUAGUGCAUCAGGACUUUUCUCAGGAGACACUCCAAGAGAGAUGGCGGUUACAACAGUUUGCAGAAGCUUUAUUUAAAGUGAAAAUCCUUUUCACUUGGGCCUACCUGCAACACUGGUGGCAUUUAAAGAUGGAAAAAAUACUCAGCUAGAGACCCAAAAGAAGCACAGAAAAUGUUAGUAGACUUGGGGGUUGGCCUGCAGAACAGACUGAACAAGUACUAGCAAGUGAGGAGGAGGAAUCGGAAGAAGAAGAGGGGGAAUUAUCCCAGGAAUCCCCAGCGCAGGGGAAAGAGAAGAAAAGACGAAGAGGAUUGGGGGGGGGGAGGAAGCAGUAAGAUGUAAAACAGGGGUACGCAAAGUAGGCUACCUGUAAAUAUAAUUUUGCUUUUCGUUUUUUGACGUUACAACGCUCUGAGAGAAGAGGGGGUGAAACAUGGUCUCCCAAGGUUGCCAUGAGACAAAGAUCUUUAAGAUCUCUACAAGAGUCUCAGGAGGGAAGGGGGAGGGGCAUGAAGGAAUCAUAAAUGUAGGUAAAGAAUAUGUGCACGGAUGGAUUCAAAAAAAUAAACAUUGAAAGGGAUAAUGGAUAGCACCUUAAAGAUUUUAUCGCUAAAUGUUAAUGGGCUGACUUCUAAUACUAAGCAUACAAGAUAAUGGAAUUGACGAAGAAAAUGAAGGUAGAUAUACUAUGUUUGCAGGAAACGCACAGAGACAAAGUAAACAAUAAACCUCUGUUGCCUUCCCAGCAUUGGGGUUUAAAAAUAGAAUCUAAAGCAACAAGGCCAGAGGGGUUGCUCUAUUAUGUAAUAGAAAUCUGAGGUUAGAGGUCUUGAAUUGGAAGAAGGAUAACGACGGCAGAUACAUAUUUAUAAAAAAUAAAAUAAAAAUAAAAUAAUGAAUAAAAUAAAAAAUAAAAUAAUGAAGAAAAUUCACAAUAGUCAAUAUAUUGCCCAAAUAAAGGAUAGAAAAAAAUUCUAAGGAAAACUUUAGAUAGAUUAGAGGCAUAUACGGAAGGGGAAACUAUUGUGACUGGCGAUUUCAAUUGGAGUUUAAGAUGGAACAAUCAUUUAAGUUAACGAAAUGGGGAUUAAAAGAUGUGUUUAAUUUGGGGAACCUUAGUAUAAAACCCACCUUUUUUUCGAAUAGAUAUAACACAUACACAUAUAUAGAUUAUGUGUUAAUUAAAGAUAGUAAUGAACUUGUUGUUAAGGUUACACAGACUUUGGGAAUAUGGAUCUCAGAUCAUGCCCCGCUGUUGGUAGAGCUGGGAUUAGAGGAGGAAGGACAAAGAAGAAGAUGGCGGUAUAACAAUAUAGUAAUGGCUAAAGACCAUGAUAGGGAAUAUAUUAGAAAACAAUGUAAUUGGUAUUUUAAAGAAAAUAACGGUGCGGGGGAGAUCCCGAUCAUGUGGGAUGCAUUUAAAGCUGUAACAAGAGGUCAAUGUAUAAUGAAAGAGAAGACUAUUAAGAAAGCAUGGUAUUCGGGGAGGCAGGAAAAAAUUAAAGAAAUUGAAAUAUUACAACAGCAUCAGCAAAUUACUUAAAGGAGUAGACAGGGGCAAUUAAGAAAAUUAAAACAAGAACUAGAUGAAUUAUAUUGGUUCACGGUUUGGAAGAGAGAUAAUAUUAUUAAAAAUGAGUUUCAGAGAACUUUAAUAAGAUCAAAUAAGAGGUUAGCAAAAUAGUUAAGGAAAAGGUAGGAUAAACAGAGGGUUAAGGCUAUGGCUAUUAGAAGUAAAAGGAACAUACUUAUACAAAGCUCUAAAGAAAUAAGGAAGGAAUUUGCAGCAUUUUAUCAAAAAUUAUAUAAAGAAGAAAAAAAUAUUACCAGCAAAAGUUUAGGGAUUAAGAUAGGUUGCAACACCCUGGCCGAUCGACGAAAAAGUCAAGGCCCUCCUGCUUCCCAACAUGUUGAAAAAGUAUCUCCUCAUAGACCUGAACAGCCAUCUGACUUCAAGGGUGGACCAAGAAGACCACUGAUCUACCAAGAGGUUUAUUCAAUCUCUGAGGCCUUCACACCACACGCACCAGUCAGUUGUGGACACGGAUGUUGGUCACGCAUGGGAUGACAUUCGUGGGAUUGUUGCAUAGGGUGUUAAUGCACCAUAUUCAUUCACACACAUGGACUGGCCUUUUGUCCUACAAUGGACGAAUGCCCCACCACGCAGGAGGGCUUCUGCAGCUCAGACCAUCCCAUACUCUGCCAUCAUCAGGAAUGCAUAGUUCACAUCCUCUUGGUAGUACACGGAGUUGGCGUUCCUCUCCAGCAGCUCAUGAAGGACCUCAAUCCAUUUGUCAUCUUCUACCACGGUGCUGGAGCUUCACAAGAAAACAAAGCAAAUAAAACACCACCAUGACCAUAGGAGGAGGGCAAAGUUCUGCAGUGGUGGUGGUGGUGGUGGUGGUUUGGUAACAAUUAAGAGCCAGUCAGUAGACAGCUCAGAGGGAAGAGCGGUAUGCCAAUGAGAAGACAUGUCAUUCUGGGCUACAUUCUGGGGACCACAUGCCAGUGGUGGGCAGGGCCAGAGUGGGUAGGAGAAACUAAUGUGAUUUUUUAUUUUAUUUUUUUAUCAUUAGACCACCAGGUCCAUCUAGCUCAGUACUGUAUGCACUGACUGACAGCAGCAAGAGCUCUGCAGGGUUUCAGGCAGGGGAUAUUAUAAGCGCCAACUGGGAGAUGCCAUUAGGGACUGAGCCUGGGGCCUUCUGUAUGUACAUAAGGUGCUCUCCCCUUGACCAUGGCCCUUUCCCUGAAAGGUGGGGUUCCGUUUGUGCAUUUCAUGGUAUUUAUACACCACCUGAUUGUAGAAAACCCUCAAACAUCCUAGUCCUCAUAGUUUUGAAGAAUGGGCUGGAUUGAAUAAGAACCCGGCUCAGUAUUGUCUACAUUGAUGGGGAAGCAGCUUCCCAGUUACCUUUCCAUCAUUUCCUGCAGCACAGGAGCCAUACAUUCCAAGAUCUCGUCAGCCAACGGCUGGUACUCAAAGAUGAUCUGGCGGAAGCCAUGGAGAAAAGACAUUUUGCUCAACCCCCUGCGUUGAUUCAUUCAGGAAAUGGUCUGAGAGCCAAUAUUAAGCUUCUUCCUUGGCCUACCAAAAAAUAAAUUCUUCAUUAUCAUCACAUUAUUUUAAACUACUUACACACACACACACACACACACACACAUCCAGGAAACAAGAGGCAUUAUCACAUUUCAAGGAUAAAUUGCAGCCAGGCACAAUCAUUCAUGGAGGGUGUGGCCUGGAGGAAGUCCCAAGGGCCACACAGAGAGGCCUCAAGGGCCAGAUCUGUACCCCCACUGUCCCAGGCAUAAGAUUCCCUACUCCUGCUUUUGAAAAAGCGCCAUCUUAAAAGAGCCAGGGUCCAUCCUUAAGAUGCCACAGCAACAAAACAACUUGAUGUCCUGGGAGACCAGGGGCAUGCAGGGCUCCUGCUCUCAGCUUGCUAGGGCAGGAUGGAACUGGGGCCACCCCACCCAGGAGUCAAGAGACUUUUUUUAAGCUACCACAUUUCCCGAGGCAAGUUGCAAGGCCCCAUGACUGCAGUGGGUCCACUGUAGGAUAGAAAAGCUAUUUGCCACAUGGCUCAUGGAACCUGGGGUUAUGGGUGCAAAACCAGAAUGGCUAUCCCCCACUCCUCACCCCGUAUGCAGCAGCACUUUCUAUUAUAAUUUUUUGUAGAGAAUUUAUUUGGCUAUUUUUGCAAUUUGUGGCAUUUGGAAGGUUGUAACCAGCCACAGAAAAACAGGUUGUACAGACAGCACAGUGGGACUUAAGUUGAGGCAUGUAUAGGACAGUAAAACCCAAUGAACAUCAUGGCUGAGUGUGGAUUUGAACCUGGGUCUCCCCAGUCCUAGACCUACAGACCACUACACCACACUGCUCGCACUGGGGGCAAACCUUUUUCACUUUGCAAAGUCACAGCUUCUGAGAUAGGUGCUGCUGGUGGUGAAGGGACACUGCCUCACUCUAGUCCAUUCAUGCCCACAUAAUGUGAUUAUUUUCAAAGUUCUGGUGUUUUCAUUUCUGUCAAGGAAAGCACUUCCCUGUAAAUGGUGCAGGAGCACUCACGCAAAUCUUUCCCCAAAAGCAGGGAAUGCUGACCAUUUUUCUUUGAAGGGUUGGCCCCGCCCCAAAUUGCCACUGCAGCUGUCGCUUGUUAGCUCCAUGAGUAGACUAAGAGGAAGUCCGUGGGAAAUGUUAAAAGGGAAAGGCAACCCUUCUGACAUAAAAAACAGGGUUUCCCCAAGAAAAGGCACUUUCGUUUUUCACUUCCAGUAAAAAAACCAACAACAGCUGCAAUUAAUGCUAACCAUGGGGUAAAAUUUUGAAUGGGGCAAACAUUCUAAUGACCAAGAGCAGGUGUGGGGAAUGCUGUGCCCCCUCCCCCCUGAAUGUUACAGGACUACAACACAACUCCAGCCAUUCCUAGCCACGCUGGGAAGGGCUGAUGAAAGAUUCUCCAUCCCUGGAGUAAUGAGCUAUCCAAUUUCGCCUGCAUAUUUUUCUUGCACUUAGUAAACAAAGCUAAAAAGUUUGAACCUGCCAAGCUAAUAUUUAUUUUCAAGCCUGCUUUGUCAUCGUCACUAAAUGAAUUUAUCUUUCCCCCAAAGAAAUACGUAAAUCCACUGCCCACCCCCCGCUGCUGCUGCCGCCACUGCCAGUAAGGGCAAGAAAAUUAACGCAGACCACGUAAGGUUUAUAGGCAGCAAAAUACAAAUUAUCAAACAAAGCCAGCAUCUUAGUAAACUGCCACCUGCUUCCAAAACCAUUUGCUACAAACAUAGGAAGGAGCCCCCCUCACAAGGCUGUUAGGAAGAUUUCACAGGCAGGGGAGCUUUCUGGAAGGAAGCGUCUGAACCGCCCUGAAGUGCUUUGUAAAAUGCAACCAAAUUAUUACUACGUUCAGUUUGGAUAACCAGAGCAGCCUUCCCUCCCCACCACACACCACGCUGGAAGAAUCCCUUUGCGUGUCCAAAACCCCCAGUCUGCAAUUCCAACAACCCUAGUUUGCAAUGUACUUUUUAUUUAAGUGCCUUACAGUUUAACAAUUAGCAAGAUUAUUAAAUUCUGUCUUUUUAAGUAACUUAAUAAUUAAAGCUUUUUGCUAAAACCAGGAAAAAACAAUACCAAAAACCCACAUCAAAGUAGCCCAUUCAAACAUUUAUUUCAACCACCUUCCUCUCUGCAGAUUCCCAACUUCCAUCCCAUCCUAUUGGACCCACGUCUCCUACCUGCACAGUGUGCCUCCGGGUUAGCAGGAGGUGGAAAGACGCUGAGCUCUAGAGUUGCACUUUUAAACAGUUGCAUCCCACAGCUGCAGCUCUCUCUCUCCUGAUUGCUCGCUCUCCCCACAGUUUUCAUCUAAGUGCCCUGAGUGGCCUCCUGCCCUGCCAAGCAGAAACACAGCACAGUAAAUGUAGAUGAUGCUCAACUGGUUGCAUCUCAGCUACAGGAAACAGGUUUUAAAGGAGGGCGGUGGAAUCUACCUAUUUAACAUUCUAGCGCUUAAAACAAAGGUGGGAAUACUCAUUGAGAUUCUCAACUUUAAAAUUUGCAUGUGGACAUCCAAAAUCUAAAAAUUUCAGUUCAUUAAUUGCAAGUGGAUAUUCAAUUUACAAUUUUUAAGGGGAAACUAUUCCUUUUACUGGGCUUUUGUGCACCAGUACUUUGGAAGCAAGACUUGAGUUACAGCCAAAAAACAACUAUACUUUUUUGAAUGUCGGGUAUCAGGUUUCCUAUUUUCUUUAAUGCUAUAACGUACACAUGAGUAAUACUGAUUACUGAAACAAAGGUGGGAAAUCUCAAGCAAAUUUUCCUAGCAUGCAGCUUAAUCCUAUCCAUUUUUACUUGGAAGUGCCACAGUGUUCAUUGAGGCAUUAUCCCGGAUCAGCAUACAUGGGAUUGCAAAACGACAAAUUUCAUUUUGGUUGCAUAUCUCAAAUUCCACCUGUAUCAAAGGAGUUCUCCCUGAAUCUGCAUCCUAUCAGAUCUCAAGCAGAGGAUGGAACCCUUAAGCUGCAAUCCUGUGCUGACUUUCCUGGGAGAAAGUCUUAAGGGGCACAAAAGAACUGUGCAAAAUACACGGUUAAACCAACAAGACUUUAAGAUUUACUUCCUGCAAUAAAAAUAUUUCACCAUAAAUGCGAAAUUUUGCAUUUAGAUUUUAAUAUUUCACCAAAGUUCAUAUCUAUCUGAAAUUUCAUCUUCAAUUUCAUUUCCUAAUGAUUGAGUGACAGACCUCAGUGACUGGAGACAUUAAGUUACUUCCAAUGUUAUUGCUGAACUAUACUGCAAGAGGGAAAUUCUCAUUUCCUUUUAAAUUAGAUGCCUCAAAUGCACACCCAUGAUAAUUUUCAUUUCUCUUCUAGGAUUCUUUCCAAUGAAUAGAAGCAGUACAUGGUGCUUGUCCUCUUCCCAGUCUCCUCCCUCUUCUCCAUCUGCCCACUCAUCCUUGUCGCACCACCACCUGGGCUCUGAGCCUUCUUCACUUUGGGAUUCCCCAGCUGGUUUCUCCCAGUCUGUGACACUCCCCGCAUGCUAGAUUUGUAUGAUUACAAAGUUGUUUCUUUUUAAUACAAGGCAGCGUUCAGUUGUGUGUUCCCUGAAGUAGUACAGUCCAGGCAGAGGGCAUUUUAAUAGGAAACAUUCCAUUUCUCUGUGCUUUGGCUCCUAACCUCAGCAGAGUGUUUAGCUGGGGACCCCUAAGAACAAAGAAGACCAUCUUCAUAGCAGGUAUUUCUGUUUGUGUGUGUGCAGGCUCUUCAGCUACGUCAACCAGGAGAAGCUCUUCUCCAAGCCCACUUAUGCCAGUUUCAUUAAGCUGCUGGAUAAUUAUCACAAAAGUGUAGGGACAGGGGAAGAAUUCACUGCUGAGCAACUGAAGGAGCAGGAUAACUUCCUGAGUGAGGUCAUGAAGACUGAGGUGAUGAAAGUGCUUUACAAAUUCCUGCACAGCAAACGUAAGUCUUUCUUCAUAAUAAGGUCAGCAUAGCCUCUAUGGUCCCUCCAGGUGUUGUUGACUACCACUCCCAUCAGCCCAGACCAUGGCCCAUGCUACCUGGGGCUUAUGGGUAUUAUAGUCCAAAUUUCUGGAGUUGGAUACGCCUGACCUAUGCAACUGAACUUAAGGGUCUUUUUGGUAGUGGCACCUGAGUUAUGGGGUUCCCUCCCCAGAGAGGCCCUUUCCAGGUAAAGACGUUUUUUCCAAGGCCUUUUAAAUUUGUGGAAUGUUCUCCCCAGGGAGGCUCACCUGGCUCCUUCGUUAUACACCUUUAGGCAUCAGGCACAAAUGUUCCUCUUCAACCAGGCCUUUGGCUGAUUGACAUCCUUUUAAAUGUGUGGGAGGAGGUGGGAGGGGAGGGAGAUUUGUUGGUUGCAAUUGUUUUUAUUACGUAUUUUGUGUUUUUAUCUUGUAUUUCUAUGUUGUGAACUGCCCCAAGGUCAAUGGAUGAAGGGAGAUAUAAAAAAGAAAUAAAUAAAAAGAAAUAAAUAAUUCUUAAUAUAUUUUGGAGAGCUUUUUCCUGCUAUUUUAUGUGGCUGCUGUUUUUGUCUAAGGUGUGUUUGUGUGCUAGGGUGGGUAGUGGCAGUGCCUGUUGGAUGAUGAGUGCAACAUCAUUGCCCAAAACCCUCCUGUACCUAUUCUCUCAUUUGUAUAUCCCUCUCUUUCCUUGAUAUUGUAGUUUUUCUUUCUUGUGCUGUUGUUGUUUUAAAGGAAAUCUCUCUAGUGCUCGGAACCCCAAGAUUCUUGGGGUGGAAGUCAUGACAGUUUAAACAUUUUAGUGCAAAGUCUGGCUUUCAUUCAAACACGACUUUUUCUGCAAGUGUCACAUCAUUAGUAAACACAGAUGGUACCCAUUGCUUCACCCAAGCUAUGCAGAACAUUAAAGAGGAGAUAUAGGAUUUCUUUGGGAUAUUUUAUUUUUGUUCUUUUAAGUGAGAAAUUAAUGCCUUUUGUCUUCCCCUCCCCAUCUCUUUCCUAGAUCGUUAUGGCACAGAGGCAGAGUUUGUUGCUGACCUAAAGGAGAUAUGGUUUGGCCUUUAUUCCAGGGGCAAGGAUGAGCAUGACUCCAGUGGUUUUGAACAUGUGUUUAUAGGUACACUCAUAAAAACCAACAAACCUCCACCUUCCACAGUUUCAUGCAAUUACCCGCCUCCACUUAUUUGCAACCGUUGUUUGCCCCAUCUGCUUCUGUUUUGACACCAUUUUUUAAACUUGAGGAAGUUUCUAUUUUGAAUUAUCUAAACAAUUAAGAAGCACAUGAUGAUGUCACAACAGCAUGUAGCCAGUCAGGUCUAGAAACAGGGUAGCACCAUUAGCUUGAAUCUACUAGCCUUCUCUGUGGUUUUGGCUACAUGAACAUUUGCACAGGAAGACUCAAACUGGCAUUAAUAUAUACAGUACUAGACCGCAGGGCAGCUUGCACCACUCCCCUGGGUUCCCUCCAGCUCCACUGCUGCUGCUUACUGGCAUGGAGAAGAAGACGGGCAAGGCAGUGGCAGUGGCAGUGUGCUGGCACAUUUGCACUGCACUGACUUCAUUGCCACUUCACACCUCUGCAACCACGGUGCAGCCCGACCACAACAUCUGUUGCUGCAUAUACACACACACACACACACACACACACACACACACACACAUUUUCCUUUUGUUGUUCUCAUCACCCGAAAGUAAACUUAAAAUGCCCAUAUUUAGUGGCAGCAGGAUUUACUAACCAUUAAUGGGAAAUGUUCUUUACCUUUUAGGGGAAGUCAAGAAAGGAAAAGUAUCUGGAUUCCACAACUGGAUUCGUUUUUAUCUGCUGGAGAAGCAGGGUAUAAUUAACUAUUUCAGCUACAACUAUGAUGGUCCGGUGAGUAUCACUGGAAAUGGCUACAGUCUUCCAGACUCUUUGAAGGCAUCUUGGAGAAUGAAAGUUCCAUUAAAAAAAAAAUCCAGAAAUUUUGCAUAACAGCUAAAAUGAGACACAGACUCUUACCUCAAUGACUGCAAACAUUGUUGUUUUUUUUACUACUUUUUAUUACUUUGUCAUAAGUUAUGUACAAAUUAACACAUAGCCAUGUAAACAAUAACAGAAGCACACAUCGAUCAAGCAUUUUAGAAAAUUUAUUUUAGUGCCACAGAAAGGAGCAAAGGUUGGUGGGGCAGUGCCCCUUUGCCCCAGUAAACCAGCCUCUGCUGCCUGUUCCUAGUCUCCCUGCUCUAACAGCCAUGUGCCUGAUAUAUAGCAAUAAACAACAAAGGGCUUCAUUUGGAGGUGCCUCUCCACAAAAUACUGCCCUACACUGCCACCUAGGGUUGGGUGACAGAAUGAGAUGAUCCCUAAGAAGCAUAUUUUUCAGGGGAAAUGAAAAUGCUGGAUGCCAGACUCGCCUGCUGCCUAUAGCAAAGCUCAAACCACUCUAUUAAGUAAACUGCAUUCUGCCGUUUAACUGAACUCUCUUAGGCUGUGGUCCUGAAUUUCGCACCUGUGGGCAACAGGAUAUCCUCAGGCAUCUCCUCUAGUGACCACCAAGGUCCGAGCCUAUUAUGUUAAUUAAAACAAAAGCCUUCAUAACACUCUUUUGGGGAAAGUGUUAGGUGUUUUGCGAGGAGGGAGUCCUGAGCACUGGCAAUUUUCUUCUGUGAAAUGGGCAUGUUGUGGUGCCCAUGGCAGUUCCCUAGAUUUACAAUGUGUUCCUGAGUCCCCAAAGGUUGGGGACAUCUGUUCUUAGAACACCUAUUUCAGAGGGUGCCUCCCCUUUGAAAGGUCACAAUCUGUUAUGUUCUGAUCACCAAGAGAGGGUAAAGAGGAACAGAGCACAGGGAAAAACUUAGUUUUUCCAAAGUAUUAUAUGGCUGCUUUGCAUCUCAAGGCAGCUUACCUCAGAACAGUAAAAUGUAGAUCCAUCAGCACCAAAAAGGCUGUCUCUCUCUUGUCUAUGGCCAGCCUGUGCAUAAGACCUCUGAGGGCAAUCUCAAGGCCUGGGCAGGUUUACCUGGGUACAAUUGGCCAUAGGAACAGAGAAAGCAGCCUUCUCAUGAGUCCAUUUAGUUGGUCCAUUUAGCUCAGUAUUGUCUACAUCAACUGGCUGUGGCUCAACAGGGUUUCAGGCAGGGGACAAUCCCAGCCCUAUCUGGCGGUGCCAGGUCCUUCAAAUAACCUGGUUCCAAAUAGUUUAGGGCUUUUAAGGCUGGAAACAAACAGGUAACCAAUGCAGCUGGAACAUUACGGAUGUUUUUUAUUAUUAAAGAUUUUCUUGUUUUACAGAAGUAAGUGUAAUGCCUCGUAUUUUUUUUUGUUUUUUUAGCACAUUACAGAUGUUAUCUGCUCAGACCAUGUGCCCCCACAAGCAUCCAAGUGAUUUCCAAAUUACCUUUAAAAGCAGUCCGUCCACUCACUUUAUCUGCACCUCAUGCAGAGCACAUUGCAAUCAUCUAGCCUCAUUUACCCAUAAGAUGAACCCCUCAACUCUCACAAAAAAAGUAUACCUGUAUUCUUCCAAACAUUGGAGGUGCGGCAUGCUUGACCACUUAUGUACCACCAUCAACACAAAUACUCAUAUCCUCAGGACUGGGGCUUUCACAGCUUAACAUUGCAAAAUUCUCUCCCCCCCCCACCAAUGUCUUUAAAUAUCCUCCUUAAUUCUCCCCCCCCCCCCAAUGUUUUUAAAUAUCCUCCUUAAUAAUUUCUGGUGCUUUCGUUUUCCGGUUUAGUGGACCUCAUACCCAGAUGUGUUGGGGCUGCAGUUCAACUGGGAUGGAUUUUACAAGGAGGUUGGAACAGCCUUUAUUGGAAGCAGCCCUGAAUUAGAAUUUGGACUCUAUUCACUGUGUUUCAUUGCUAGGCCUGGAAAAGUGUGAGUAUGAUGACAUUUACAGGACAUUUACAUAACUAUUGUGUCUAUAGACCUCUCCAGUGUGUUGUGUUUUUUUUAGAAAAAAGGGUGCCGGUACUCACCAUGAAGUACAAUAAGUGCCCCCCAAAACCCGCCAUAGUAUGCAAGGAAAAGGGAAAGGGAAGGAGGAGGGGAGAGCAAGCUUAAAGCUGCAGUUCCUAAUUCAUUACUAUAAAUGCAAAAUAAGUUCUUAAAGAUACAGUUCCUAAAUCAGCAAUAUAUGAUUUUUUGAAAAGUGAGAAGGGGAGAUUUGUUUUGAGGCUCAGUGGAUGUUGCUUUCCAAUUUCAAUUCUGUUUCUUUGGUUUUAACAAUAUAGAAAGGUAGAUAGACUGCAAGAGGGGAGAAGGAGAAGAUGCAAGCAAGAGCCUCUGCCUCAUGUCUUCUGCCCAGACUGAUACCUCAGUCAGUAAAGCAUGAGACUCUUAAUCUCAGGGUUGUGGGUUCAAGACUCAUGUUGGGUGAAAGAUUCCUGCAAUGCAGGGGGUAGGUCCCUUCCAACUCUACAAUGCUAUUAUUCUUCCUCUUCCUGCACUCCUUAGCACCAACGACAUUUUAUUACAGUUUAAAACCCUUAAUUAGACAUUAGGACUGUGCAAAUACCCCAAUUCAGUUCAAGGCCCAAAUCAGUUCCUAAUUGGAUCACUGAUCAAAGUCUGAACUGCAUUGGGGGUCCUUUGCACAGCUGUACUAAUUGCACAGCUGCACUAAUGUAUCUGUGGCAUCUAGUCCCUUGCAAAGCAAGCAUGGAGUUUGUCUACUGCCUUUGGAAUGGAGAGCCAAAUACUUUGUUAGUUCAGAUGACAAAUGGUCAAGAGGAGGGUGCAGAUAAAAUUUAAGAGAGAGGACAAGGCAGGUGGCUCAGGAACAGUAUUUUAUUUCAUAAGAUGUAUAUGCCGCUUGAUUGUAAAAAAUAGAGAAAGGAAAAGAAAAGCCUCAAAGUGGUAUGGAACAGGUUCACCCAAACACAGUAAGUUGACUUACUGUUUGUAGAUGUUGCAGCUGUCUUCUGCUCAUGUUCAGGUCACACAGUCCAGGACAAUCCGUGUCUUGGAAAUAUGUUGAGUUGUGAUCUGGAUGUUUUUUUGUAAGGCUGAUGAUUCCACAUGCACCAGUCUGAGGAAGAGGGAAGGGGGAAGGGGGGAAAAGGGGGAAAGUGGGAAAGGGGGGGAAAGGGGAAAGAAGUGUGUUGGUGGCAAUGCAAAGAUGACUUGAAUAAGAACUAGUUUUCUCCCAGUGUGGAACUUCUGAUUGGAACUGUGGUCUGGUUCAAAGGAAAGAGCUGAAGGUUUGAGUAGCAAGAUUAUUAAAUGUCAAUCUUCUGUUCUUCAGGUGUCAACUGAAAAUUGGGGGCCACAACCUGGGGAUUCAGACUUAUACCUGGGAUAAAUCCACCUAUGGAAAUGGGAAAAAGUACAUAGCCACAGCUUAUGUGGUUUCCCCAUGAUGCUACAAGAUCCUGAGUAUGAAAACAUCCUGAAUGUCCAGAUGCAGUCUGCAUGAUGCAACCGCAUUUGUAUGGGAGCUGCUCUACAUAGCCUUUCAUCUUUCGAUUGCACAUUUUUGUCUGUUUGUUUGCCUAAGUCAUAUGGAGUGUGCAACAGGUCUUGUGACUGGAACUCAUCUGUGGCAGUGAGCACCAUUAAUGCUCCAAGUAAUACUCUGCCAGAAGUGACUCCACAUUUUGCCUAAAGCACAGUCCAAGGUGGAUUCACAAAAAACACCUGGAGAAUGUAAAUGGAAAGUGAAACAAUCAUCAUCAACAACUGGGGGAAAACAAAUUUUUCUAUCCCACCAACGUAAGAACAUAAGAGGAGCCUUCCUGGAGGUCCAUCUCGUCCAGUCUCCUGUUCUCACCAUUGCCAACCAGAUGCCCAUGGGAAGCCCUCAAGGAGGACAUGCACUGGUGCACCCUCCACUUUUUUGAUCCCCAGCAACUGGUAUUUAAAGGCAUGCCACUUGAGACACUGAAGGCAGGACACCACCACCAUCUCUAGGAACCACUGCUAGUCGUAUCCUUCUAUGUAAGGCAAAAUUUGGUAUAAAAUGGAGGUUCCUACCCCCAAGAAAUUUCACAGGCAGCGAAACUAGAGUCAAGAAUGCUAGCAACAUUUCUCAGCAAGGGCGGGUCCAGGGUUGAUGGUGUCCUCCAGGCAAAUAGUACUCUAGUGAGCCCCCUGAUCUGUCACUGGGUCCUCAAAGGCUGAUCUGGCUAUUGUGGGAACCCUCUAAGCAACACUGAGCAGCUUAGGGUGGUUAAGUAUCCUCCUUUAAAGACAAUAUUUGAAAGGCUGACAGAAGACAUUCCACUAUUUGAAGGAGGUUGUCUGGUCCAAUAACCCUAAAAAGGGUGAGUAGGGACCUUCAAGGUGACGAUCAAUAGUUACUACCUGGAGAGCGAACCAAAGAGGCAGACGCACAGGUCCCCUGGUCACAGCCUUUCCUAUUAUGGUGUGAUGUAUUUUUGUUAGUAGUUCUUUCCAAAAUUGCAACUUUACAUAUAAACAAGUGCCUG